UCCAGGUGAGGAGGCGGUCUCACACACACACGAGGUCAAACAUGAGUCCUCUGCUGCUGCUCACGGCGUGUCUGCUCGCGGUGCGUGCCGACUCGCACGUGGAGGACUCGGCGAGCCCCGAGGGCUUCUUCUUCCGCUCCCUCGGGCUCUCCGGGCGGCCGCGGCCCGCCGGAGGCCGCCACGCCCGGCGCCGCGUCCCGUCCGCGCUCUGGAGGAUGUUCCAGCGGUCGGAGGAGGUCCAGGCCCAGCAGAGGGACCCGUGCACGGUGUUCGAGUACGGGGUGCGCGGCAACAUCGUCCGAUACGUGCAGGACCAAGGCAGGCUGGUGUCUGAGUGGAGCAGCGGCUGCCCGGCGUGUCUGGAGCGGCACCUCUUCUUCAACGUGUCCGUGCUGCAGCCCGUGGAGCAGCUGUCUCUGGCUCAGCUGGAGCUCCGCUUCCACUGGAAGCCGCUGGCGUCGCUCAGCGUGUCCCUGUACAGGGUGGUCCGGCCCACGCUGAGCGGCGCCAACCCCAGGGCCAACCGCCGCCUGCUGCUGUCCCAGUCUGUGUGGCUGCAGCCUGAGACCGCCUCCAUCACCGUGGACCUCAGCGCGCUGGCGGAGGACUGGCGCCGGCCGGGCCGGAACCACGGUCUGGUCCUGGAGCUGCUGCCCCACAGCGCGGACCCAGAGGAGCUGCUGUAUUUCCGGCCCGGCGGCGCCUUCCUGCUGGAGCCGGCCUUCGGCCCGCCGCCGGUGCAGGCGGCGCUGGUGGUGGUGUCGCUCCACCCUCACCAGUGCCGCUCCCGGCAGAGGAGGAGCGCCGUGCACCUCCCCGUGACCCCCAGCAGCAUCUGCCGCGCCCGGCGCCUCUACAUCGACUUCAAGGACGUGGGCUGGCAGGACUGGAUCAUCGCGCCGCCGGGCUACAUGGCCAACUACUGCCACGGCGAGUGCCCGUUCCCGCUCACCGAGGUCCUGAACGGCACCAACCACGCCAUCCUGCAGACCCUGGUCCACUCGCUGGACCCCCAGGACACCCCCCAGCCCUGCUGCGUCCCCAUCAGCCUCUCGCCCAUCUCCAUGCUCUACUACGACAACAACGACAACGUGGUGCUCCGACAUUACCAGGACAUGGUGGUGAACGAGUGUGGGUGUCGCUGACACCGCGGCGCUGCUGCUUCCAAAGUAUGGGGCGUUUGUAUUUGUUUGAAAAGCGGAAGCAUCUUUUUUUAGAAUCAAACCCAGCUUUAAUAAAGAUUUAAAUACAAUAGUGCUCACGGAGUUAUUUGGGCCGAGACCCUGACAGUGAAGCCUUCGCGAUAUGCUGGAAGUGUCUUUGUGGAGGAGCCUAAUGCUCCACCUUUAUCUCAUGUCUGUCAGGUCCUCACAAUGAGUUUGAGAUGUUUGUUGCCAAAUGCUCGUCAUUUUAAAAAGGUCCCGACAGCAUGAAUCUGAAAAGUGUGUGUGUGUGUACACAGAUGCGAGUCAGAAGGAGGUGAAUUGUGUAUGGGAGUUUCAGUGAUAUUGAUAUUGCAAUAAUGCCCCCAGUGAUUGUCUGGAGGAACGUGAGCAGAUUGAUUAUUGGUCAGUAAUGGAGAUGUUGGAGUGGACAGCGUGGAAACGCAGACGUGAUGGAGACAAGUCGAUGUGGAGCGUUUACAGUGAGCUGAGGCCGAACGUGAGGGAGCAGCUCGCCCUCACUGGAGCUGCUCGUAUUAGUAGUAGCUGCCACUGAAAAUGAAUGCCAUAAAACCUCUUUGAAACAUUUCCAUUGCAGAGAUUGAGAUUCGUCUGGGUUCAGUAGCACAAAAUAGAGGAGGUGUAUAUAAAAGAAUGAUUUUAUCUGAUAAACAGCUCAAAUCAUAGUAAACAAUUGUAUUUUACUCUAAGAGAAACAAGUCCUCAUGUGAGGAGCUGAAAGCAGAAAUAGUUUGCUUCUUGUGCAAUAAAAAUCAAUCCGGCACCUGAA